UUCCACACGGAUGUAAAGCCUUCAUACUGUAGGUGAGUUUCCACACGGAUGUAAAGCCUUCAUACUGUAGGUGAGUUUCCACACGGAUGUAAAGCCUUCAUACUGUUAGUGAGUUUCCACACGGAUGUAAAGCCUUCAUACUGUUAGUGAGUUUCCACACGGAUGUAAAGCCUUCAUACUGUAGGUGAGUUUCCACACGGAUGUAAAGCCUUCAUACUGUAGGUGAGUUUCCACACGGAUGUAAAGCCUUCAUACUGUAGGUGAGUUUCCACACGGAUGUAAAGCCUUCAUACUGUGAAACGUUUGAUAUCCUUGAACAUAUAGUUUUUACAUUUUCUGUUUAUUUUACAACUUGUGAUGCUGCUGUUUGUACAUGGUCUUAUGCCUGUGUAACGGAUGUGAAACGGCUAGCUUAGUUAGCGGUGGUGUGCGCUAAAUAGCGUUUCAAUCGGUGACGUCACUUGCUCUGAGACCUUGAAGUAGUAGUUCCCCUUGCUCUGCAAGAGCCGUGGCUUUUGUGGAGCGAUGGGUAACGAUGCUUCGAGGGUGAGUGUUGUUGAUGUGUGCAGAAGGUCCCUGGUUCGCGCCCGGGUAUGGGCGAGGGUACGGUUUAAAAUUAUACUGUUACACCUGUCUGUGCCAGUACUAUUUACAGUUAUUUUAAUAUCACCUAUACAACUAUACAAGACCAGCUUACAUAAGGAAAUGUAUGUAUACAGUCAGGUCCACAAAUAUAAAAAAGUGCUGUAAUUCCUACACUCAUUUGGAUGUAAAUUCCUUCAAAUUACAGCUAAAAGUCUGCAUUUUCAGCUCAUAUUAAUUAUUUAAUUUAAACCCCAAUAUGCUGUGGGGAGACAGCUAAAAUAAUAAUAACUUAGUUAAUGUUCAAAUAUUUAUGGACCUUGACUGCAGCUAUGAUUAGUUUGAUUUCCUAAAUAUUUAAAUGAAAUGAAUAUUAACUUCUUCUCUUUUUUUAUGUCUGUUUGGCUUAAUUUCAGUUUGUAGAUUAUUUUCCAAGAUUACUGCAAGAGAGGGUUUUUAAAAAAGAUUGUUCAGCUACUGACUUUCACAUGGAAUACAAAUAAUUUGUGAUGGGUUGCUGCAAACAAAUAUUCGAUACCCAACACACAAGAAAAGCUGGUUUUAAACAACCUGCUUUGGUGUUGGAGUUGUCCUUACCCUCUCUGAGGCCAGUGUUCACGUGACCCCUUUUAAGUUGAAAAGAUCGGACCUUACAGGGUGACCGUACCAGAGUUUGAGGUUCAAUUCCAUUGAAAUCCCAGUCAGUUUGGGAUUACACUAAAAUUGCAAUCCAUUUCUCUUCAAUAGUUCAACGAGGAACAUUUGGAAUUUACAUUUGCUUUACUUUCUAAAUCGGUAGGAUUUUCUACGGAAUGGACCCUAACUCUGGACUGUACCCAUGGGACUUGUACACACGCUAUGCUGUAAUUUGUUCUGAGGAACUUUUGUACCAACAUUCCCAAGAUUUGUAAGUCGCUCUGGAUAAGAGCGUCUGCUAAAUGACUUAAAUGUAAAUAUCUGGAAAAUAUUUAAUAAGUCUUAGAAAUGCACACAGUGGUUUCAAAUGUUUUUUUCGUCGGGAAUGUUUGUACACAUCUCACACCUCAUUGAUGUUAUUGCAUCAUAUUUUCUAUACACAAUAUAUAUAUAACAUUAGAUUUAGCAGCAAUAGGACUAGAUAAUGAAACAUUAAUGAAAACGCCAAACCAGACGGUACUGUAGUUUUUUUUUUUUUGGUCCACGCUACCUACUGUACUUAGUGGGCGGGGCGACUGUUGUAGUCUUUUAGACAUGUCAACAACAUGCCGGAGUCCAGAAGUGAGGCAGAGACAGACGAGAAAGGAGAAACACCGUCUAAAAAUAUAAUUUCAGUAAUUUCUCAGUUCGCUGACGAUAAUUUAACCAUUGUCCGGAACAUCAGUACUGGACUAGCAAUUGCCGGGGUAAUAGUAAUAUCAAGGAGUAUUAAAUUGAUCACUAGGUUUGGAUUAGCCUCCGAGAUCCCAGCGAGGUUCAUAGAGAAGAAUGUGAGCCUCAGAGGGAGAGUCCAGACCAUCACAGAGACGGGACUGGAGGUGGAGCACAUCCCCAUCUACAUCCCUGUCCUCUCCCCCCUGUUGGCUAAAGGUGGUGGUCGUGUGUCUCACCUGGCAGGUCUUCUCUCCUCAGGUGGUGGUCGUGUGUCUCACCUGGCAGGUCUUCUCUCCUCAGGUGUACAUUAUGUGUGUCUCACCUGGCAGGUCUUCUCUCCUCAGGUGGUGGUCGUGUGUCUCACCUGGCAGGUCUUCUCUCCUCAGGUGUACUGUAUGUGUGUCUCACCUGGCAGGUCUUCUCUCCUCAGGUGUACUGUAUGUGUGUCUCACCUGGCAGGUCUUCUCUCCUCAGGUGUACUGUAUGUGUGUCUCACCUGGCAGGUCUUCUCUCCUCAGGUGUACCGUAUGUGUGUCUUACCUGGCAGGUCUUCUCUCCUCAGGUGUACUGUAUGUGUGUCUUACCUGGCAGGUCUUCUCUCCUCAGGUGUACUGUAUGUGUGUCUUACCUGGCAGGUCUUCUCUCCUCAGGUGUACCGUAUGUGUGUCUUACCUGGCAGGCCUUCUCUCCUCAGGUGGUGGUCGUGUGUCUCACCUGGCAGGUCUUCUCUCCUCAGGUGGUGGUCGUGUGUCUCACCUGGCAGGUCUUCUCUCCUCAGGUGUACAUUAUGUGUGUCUCACCUGGCAGGUCUUCUCUCCUCAGGUGGUGGUCGUGUGUCUCACCUGGCAGGUCUUCUCUCCUCAGGUGUACUGUAUGUGUGUCUCACCUGGCAGGUCUUCUCUCCUCAGGUGGUGGUCGUGUGUCUCACCUGGCAGGUCUUCUCUCCUCAGGUGUACUGUAUGUGUGUCUCACCUGGCAGGUCUUCUCUCCUCAGGUGUACUGUAUGUGUGUCUCACCUGGCAGGUCUUCUCUCCUCAGGUGGUGGUCGUGUGUAUCCACUGGCUGUGCGCCUGGCGGGGGUGGAGCUGACCCCAGAGGGGAGGGUGUGGCUGGAGCAGCACCUGAGCCCGGCCCAGACGGUGUGGCUCAAACUGGUCAGCAGAGAGGAGGAGACACUGCAAUGUCUGGUGUCUGUUAGCCGGGGGUCAUUGAGGAGUCUGUGUCUGAAUGAGGAGGUGUUGAGGUUGGGUCUGGCACGCACUGUCCCAGUCUCUGGACUCCACCCUCAGUCCCACCUUUACCUGCGGCUCCACCAACGGCUGCUCAAGGCAGAGGUCAAGGCCGAGCGGAAGGGGCGAGGCAUGUGGAAAGAGGAUAGCCUAUGGGAGAGGACCUCACAGGCUGUUUGGGACAACUCACUGGUCAGACUCAUCAGGAGGAUCUUCAAGUGGAUGUGAUUGGUUGGUUGGUUGACUGACUGACUGAUUACUUGACUGACUGACUGACUGAUUACUUGACUGACUGAUUACUUGACUGACUGACUGACUGAUUGACUGACUGACUGACUGACU